UCCGGCAUCUCUUGUCUCUGGUCUCCAUGUGCUGCCUCGGUUUCCCUCCUGGGAAGAAUCCGAGGCAAGAAAGAACACGAAAGAUUUGCAACCACCAAACACAGCCUCCGCUUCCUACCACUGUUUCCAAAAGUCCUCCUAUCCACCCUAUGGAGUUGGGGAAUCGCGCCUGAGAGGAAAGUUUGCCAUGGACCCUGCAGCUUGUUUUGGCUCCUCAACACCCCAGGAAGGAUGAAAGAGAUGGAUCCUGCAAAGCUAGUGAGGAUGGAAGGGGGAAGAUGGAUGGUUGACCCCACAACCUCUGAGCAUUCUGUCCCAGGGACCUCCGAGAGAUCUGAUGGUGAUGAAUUGGAAGGGAAGAACAAGGGGGACCACAACAGAAUCCACUUAUCGGAGAAGUCAGAUAAAUAUUCAGAGUGUGGAGAGAACAUCGAUCAGAGCUCCCAGUCCACCUCCCAUCAAAGAACAAGCUUCGUUCGGAGGGAUAGCCUCACUUCACACAAAAGAGCACAGAGUAGGGAGAAAUUGUAUCAGUGCAGAGAAUGUGGAAAGAGCUUCAGUCGGAAGGAUAGUCUCAUUUCCCAUCAAAGAAUUCAUACAGGGGAGAAACCCUAUCAGUGCUUGGAAUGUGGGAAGAGCUUCAGUCAAAGUGCCACGCUCUCUUCUCAUCAAAGAAUUCAUACAGGGGAGAAACCCUAUCAGUGCUUGGAAUGUGGAAAGAGCUUCAGUCAGAGCACCCAUCUCACUUCCCAUCAAAGAACUCAUACAGGUCAGAAACCCUAUCAGUGCUUGGAAUGUGGGAAAAGCUUCAGUCAGAGUUCCAAUUUCACUUCCCAUCAAAGAAUUCAUACAGGGGAGAAACCCUAUCAGUGCUUAGAAUGUGGGAAAAUCUUCAGUCGGAGUGACUCUCUCACUUCCCAUCACAUAAUUCAUACAGGGGAGAAACCCUAUCAGUGCUUGGAAUGUGGAAAGAGCUUCAGACAGAGAUCAGAGCUCACUUACCAUCAAAGAAUUCAUACAGGGGAGAAACCCUAUCAGUGCUUGGAAUGUGGAAAGAGCUUCAGACAGAGCUCAGAGCUCAAUUACCAUCAAAGAAUUCAUACAGGGGAGAAACCCUAUCAGUGCUUGGAAUGUGGAAAGAGCUUCAGUCGGAAGGAUAGUCUCACUUCCCAUCAAAGAAUUCAUACAGGGGAGAAACCCUAUCAGUGCUUGGAAUGUGGAAAGAGCUUCAGACAGAGCUCAGAGCUCACUUUCCAUCAAAGAAUUCAUACAGGGGAGAAACCCUAUCACUGCUUAGAAUGUGGAAAGAGCUUCAGGCAGAGCUCUGAGCUCACUUUCCAUCAAAGAAUUCAUACAGGGGAGAAACCCUAUCAGUGCUUGGAAUGUGGGAAAAGCUUCAGUCAAAGCGCCCAUCUCACUUCCCAUCAAAGAACUCAUACAGGUCAGAAACCCUAUCAGUGCUUGGAAUGUGGGAAAAGCUUCAGUCAGAGUUCCAAUCUCACUUCCCAUCAAAGAAUUCAUACAAGAUAGAAUACCUCUUAGUGUUUGGAAUGUGGGAAAAGGUUCAUUCUCAUGGCCCACCAAAUAAUUCAUACAGGGUUGAAAGCAUAUCAGCGCAUGGAAUGUGGAUAAAAUUUCACUUGUCAAAAAGUUAAUUUAAGAACUCACAGCAGGGUGGAUAAUAAAACUGUAGAUUGAGAAUCUAGUCCAACCCCAACCAGAACUCUCAUUUAAAGCAUCCAUGACAGAUGGCCAUCCAACUUCUUCCUAAAAAGCUCCAAUGAAGGAGAGUUCACCCUGUUCCAAGGGAGUUCCUUUUCACUGUCAGCUCUUACUAUCAGAAAGUUAUUUCUGAUCUUUAUUAGGUGUCUCCUUUCUUGUUACUUGAAUCCAUUCGUUUAGGUCCCAUCCACUGGAGCAGAAGGAAACAAGUUUGCUCCAUCUUCCAUGGGAAAUCACUACAAACAGAGGAACAUAGAAGUUAAGGAAAUCCCCCUAAGACUAGUGAAAAAAGGAACUAACUAUAGAUUAUUGAUGGAAGCACUAAAAAAGAAAACUGUCCCAUUUUGUUUGGAUUAUCUGGAGGGGAUCUUGUUUAUUUAUGAAGGGGGGAAAUGAAGAUGUGUGGAACCAAUGAAGGCGGGAUCUCUAAAGAGAAAAUAUAAAAAAAGACUUUGGAUAAGACUUCUGGUGUGAUCGCUAUGGCGUUUAGCUGCUUUCCCAAUCGUGCAAAUAAACAAGGUUAAUCUGAGGGUAAUGUCUGGGGUGGUGUGCCUUCACCCGCGGGUCAUCCGAUAUCUGCCGCUUGCUACAAUGGAAUGCGGGGGCAGGGGCGCUGGGUGUUUAGCAUUGCACGAAUUGGAAACUCUCCAAUGCCAACACCAUGAGUAGGACCAUUCCUGUUUUUCAAGAAAGAUUUGAAUUUGGACUUUGAAACAGGCAUGUUCUCGAAAGGAGACAAAAAAGGCCCACGGUUAAUAUUUUUUUUAAAAAAAUGUUUUUUAUUAAAUUUCUUCUCUCAUAACAAAUAUCCAAUACCAUUACCAAAUGUACUGUCAGGGAAUUGUCCCCGUUGCAGCGGAAGGUGGUGGAAGGGCUCUC